CAAAAAAUGUAAACUGCCAGAAGAAGAAGAAGAAGAAAACAAGAAAAACAUGCACACAAAAACGAAAGCUGUUGUUCUAUCCAGAGAAGAGUUUUGUUUUGUUAGAACUGCUUUUUAAAUUCACUGAUUUCCUCUCGGGUCAGUGAAUUCUCAUCUGUGCCACCAGUUAAACCUGCUCCCCUGGAGAGUCGCUGACGCGGCAGAAAGGCGGCCGCCAUGAGCUCCACCGUGUCUAUAAACACACAGCUUGCCGCCGUCAUGGAAGCUCUGGUCCAUGCUGCUGUCGCGGAACUGGAAAGGCUGGAGGAGGACAGGGAGCUUUCCAAGGCCCGAGGAACCACAGAGGAGAGGCAUGAGACGGGAAGAGUGCAGAAGGAGACCCGAGAGAAGUUGGUGCGGUUUGCUUCCAUCAUGGAAACUCUGGGAAACGAGGCUCUGGGGAGGAUCCUAAACAUCAUGGAUGAAGCCAGACUUGUGGCUCAGGUGGGGCAUGUCUGUAAGAAGCCACAGACCAGCGUCCUCAACGUCCUCAGCCACACAUCCGUGGCAGAGCUUGAGCACUCAUAUGGAGUCAGAAACCAAAACUGUAAGGCAGAAAGAGAAGCUCAGCUGAAAGCAGGUGGUGAUGCUGUGGAGACACAGUUUGUUCCAGCGGUCAGCGUUAAAGAUGGACAUGGGAACAUUGACCUGGAAGCCAUUAGAGAGAGAGCUGCUCCAUCUCCACCAUCAGACCCACAGGCGCUACCUUCAGAGUUUUCUGUUCUGUCUGAGACUUCCCAGCAGAAUGUCUCCCAAAAGUUGUUCUCAUGCUCUGUCUGCGGGAAGUUCUUCUCAUCUCAAAGCAACCUGAAGUCUCACCAACUCAUCCACACAGGGGAGAAGCCGUUUGCCUGCAGCAUCUGCAGCCGAGCCUUCCGCCAGCGCCAAAGCAUGCAGAGCCACAUGCAAACACACACUGGUGAGCGCCCGUUCCAGUGUCCUGUAUGUGGAAAACGGUUUUCAAAGCAGGCACAGCUCAAGACACACACUGUCAUACACACUGGAGAAAAGCCGUACGGCUGUGAUGUGUGUGGCCGUCGCUUUAACCUGCCACAGAAUCUACACCGCCACAGUGUCACCCACAGUAGGGAGAAGGUCUUUAUCUGCAGUGACUGUGGUAAGGGCUUCACCCGCGCUGUUACACUCAAAACACACCAGCUCAUCCACAGCGGCCAGAAGCCCUUCAAAUGUGAGCAGUGCCCCAAAUUGUUCAGGCAUGCUGUCAACCUCAAGAACCACCAGAGGAUCCACAGCGACCUGAGGCCCUACAGGUGUGACCUCUGCGGAAAGACGUUUCGACAGGCGGUGAAUCUUAAGAUCCAUGGCCGCAUCCACACUGGCGAGCGGCCGUUCAGUUGCCAGCAGUGCGGAAAAAUGUUCAGCCAGCAGAGCAGCCUGAUCUCCCACAGCCGCACUCACUCCACAGACAGGCCCUUCCAGUGCCCAACCUGUGAUAAAAAAUUCAACAAUGCCAACAGCCUCAAGCUUCACCUGCGCGUUCACACUGGAGAGAAGCCGUAUGCCUGCGAAAUAUGCGGCAAAACCUUCAGCCAGGGAAGCCACCUGAGGACACAUAAGAGGCAUGUACAUGCUGGCGGCAAGCAGUUCAUCUGCGACAAGUGUGGGAAGAGGUACGCCGACCAGCGCUACUUGAAGUUGCAUAAGUGUUGCUAUGCAUGAACUGCCAGGAGUCAGCUGUCUCAGAAAACAACAGAGCACUACUUCUUCACUUUCCACACAUCGGUUGCCAAGGAAACUGCUAUGUCCUCAGCUGCAACAUCCUUCUGUACAGAGGUUCUGGUUGGUCUGAGCCCUCAGUUUUAUUUGUUAAGACUUUUUGUGAACAAGUUUUAUAAUUUUCUACAAUAUAUUUUUCAAUAUGAAUGAUGAAUAAAAUCUAUAUUAGCUCAUGUGUCUAGAGAUGAUGCUGUUUAAAAAUAAAGUAAAACAUUCACUCUAUAACCCACUGUCACUUCAUGUCAGUCCAGUAGGAGAGACCUCUUUCACAACGAUGACCUGGGCAAGAAAAGCAGCAGCACACAUUGUGGACAAGACAAAUGACAUCAAUAACCAGAAUAGACGUUACAAAAUGAAAGUAAAUGACUUGAUGCAAUCAGCUGGGUGUUCUUAAAAAACGUUUUAGCCAAAUUGCAGAUCUGGCACCAGAGGAAAUUAACUGGUAUUUAACCACUGGGUCAGGGACAUAGUUGUAAUCUGUCAAAAUGACAGAUGCAGCUUUUUUUUAUUUAAACAGUCAAAAUUACAGCAGCUUUAGAAACUAUUGACUUAAUUUGUUAGUCUCUAGAUCCACUGCUUUAAAAUAUAUAAAUUUAAAUGAAAUGACAUACUAAUUUUUAUUACUUAAUUUGUUACAAAAACAUCUAUAGUGUUUUAGUAGGACACGCUUUAAAUAAAAUGAGUUAUUUCUGUUCAUGGACAUAUGAUGGCAAGCUUGCUGGAUUGUAGCCACAGCUACAGAAGCGAGGCUCUUUUGACCACCACCAGCAGCCAAGGCGACAGAGACAGCUGCAGCAGGAAACGAACCUAAUGCAGACCAUUAUUGCAUUAGGCACUGUUGAUAUGAAAUUCUCUGGUUGUGAGAGGUGGGGGACAGGAGAGUGGAGUGGAAGCGGAUCUGGUGCUCAUGCUGCUUCCCGUGAGAUGCCACCCUGGGCCCAUGUCAGAAGUCACCACUGAAUAUACAGCAUUUUUAUUACUUGCUUAUUAUAAUUACCAUUUGCUUUGAAGUGGAAUUAUGUGCUGCUAUGUGAAAACUAUGUGUUUUCCAGCCUUCAACAGAAGGCACAAACAACACACACGUUGACAUACUGUUAAAGAGUAAAAAAUGUGUAAAGUAUGUGUUAACGCAUGACAUUUUGAGCCUAUUGAACUUGUAAGCAGCAUCAUAUACUUUAUUGUCUGAGCAUUAAAUUAACAUGAAAUGUU